AGCAUUGGACGUGUCUGUUACAGACUACACAUUUGAAGACUGCCAGCUGGCAUUAGCAGAGGGUCAGCUGCGUCUCCCAUCAGACACCUCUCUCUUGGAGUUUGCGAGACUUGUAAGAAGUCUGGGGUUAAAGCCUGAAAAGCUUGAGAAAGAGCUGAAACAAUUUUCAGAACGUGCCAAGAAAAGGCAAGGGGAGAAGAUAAACCUAAAGGAAUUUGCAGAAUACCUGUCCGUUCCAGUAACAGAGAAAUUAGAGGACCUCUUUGCCUUAUUUGAUGAAAAUGAAGAAGGUGCAAUUGACCUACGGGAGUAUGUUAUUGCUUUGUCCGUUGUGUGUAGACCUUCAAAGACCUUGGACACCAUUCAGCUGGCAUUUGAGAUGUACCAGUCAGAGAAUGAUAAAACUAUAGUAGAAGAGGACUUGGCAGUGAUUCUGAAGACUGCAUUGGGAGUGUCAGAGCUUAAUGUAACAGACCUUUUCAGAGCAAUAGAUGAAGAAGAAAGGGGUAAAAUCACAUUUGGGGACUUUGACAGAUUUGCAGAACUGAACCCCAGUUUUGCUGAAGAUUAUAUUUAUCCAGAUAUGGUGGACUCUGAAACCCGUCUAGACAGCCCUUCUCCCACCGCUCCUAAUGGCUUCUGUACUGAUUUCACCCCUGACAACAUGGAGGAGACGCAGAACCACAACGAUCAAAAGAAAACAAACUAAAGCGGGAUCUACUUCUCCCUCUCCUGGUGAGGGGCUUAUGUGUAUUGUACUUCUGAAUAUAUUUAGACUCAUCUAUACACAGUAGUCUUUUGUUUGUGACAAUUUCGAAUUUUUGCCCAGCUUUCAUCUAUCUUUUCUUCUUUAUUACAAUCAAGGUGUUUUAAAUUGCAGAAAUUGCAAGUGAUCUAUACACACUGUGUACUAAGAAAUAAACAACUGUCAUCAAAAAAAUCUUACAAAAGUGCCUUUUUCUAUGAUAGAUUCACUGGCUGCUUUCCGACUGACAUUCUAAUUAUUUAGGUAGUCCCUCCAUGCUUCAGAUUAUGAAAUGCAAGGGUCCACCUUGCUUAAAAGUCACACAGACAAAAGGUCUGUCAUUUUCUAGUUAUUACUUUGUAAGUUUUUUUGAUACAUGUUGUGUUGAGAUAUAUCUUCAGUCUGCUUUGCAAAUAUAUAGUUGCACCAUUGUAUGGCACCCAAGCAAUUUCAUUUUAUGAAUUUUGGUGUGCAGAAUUAUAUUUCAUGGGUCAGUAAACAUAAAAUAAAGUUGCUUUAUCCAAAA